UAGAAGAGGCCCGUUUUUCUUUUUUUUUUUUUUCCUUUUUUUUUCCUUCCAUGGCGAGCAGCAGCUGCAGCCGCCGCCGCCGACUUCCACCAUGAUUAGGAGCCCUUCGCUGCGCAUCUCCGCCAACCUCGUCGCCCGCCACAUCCACAGCUCCAGCAUCGUGGCCGCUGUGCCUCGUCCCCGCCGCCGCUCGUUUCAUCUCACCACAUCCGCCAGCCUACCCCGGAAACGCAACUUUUUCACAUCAAACCCAUAUCUGUCGUCUCAGACCGGCGAUGGCGACGAAGCCUCUUCUCGAAGCACCGAGCAGCAAUCCGGCGCUGCUAGCAGCCCCAAUGCCUCUUCUCCGGUAGCAAAACGAAAGCCGACUCGAGCCACGCCGACCAAAAACUCCCUUCGUCGAGUUGCCAUUAUCGCUCAGCAGCCGAAGCGGGGCAGCAGUGAGCAUGGCAAGCUCGGUCUAGACGCCACAGAGGCCGAUCCGUCUAAUAUGAUCAGCGCAACAUGCAUCGCCGAGGCCUUUAACAUGCCCGUUGUUCUGGAGAUCUUGUCGUCGCAUGGCUUCGCAAUUGACCCCGACGGCACCAGCUUCGACGCCGCAGAGGUUGUCCAUGCAAGGGGCGUCAAUGGCGGGGAUAUCUUCGUAUUCCCCUCGGGCACAAUUGUGACAUGGUCGCUGCCCCCGGACGUCGUUACCAAGCAGAUACUGCGGGCAGCGGAGGAGCCUCACCCUGAAAAGCUGCGAGAGGUUGAGGAUCUCGAGUUCACCACCGACAACGGCCGCGAGACGAGCGCGCUGAAAGGCGACCUUGUCGUGUUAGGCACCCGCAAGGAGCACAAAGAGGGCGAUUUUCUCGACACAACGCUGGCCAAGAUUGCCUUUUCGUCUGGCCUCGCCCGCAGCACCAAACUGGCUGUUCUCGAGGCCGCACUGACGUCCUACUUCGAAAGCACGCGGAACAUCCCGGCCCUGCUCUCCCAGGGAGCCGGCGUCCCGCUCAGCCGGAAAUUCAUCCUGCAAAAGACUGGCGAGCUGCUCAGCCUCCGCGCCAAGCUCAACCACUACUCGGAGCUGACGGAUAACCUUCCGGACAUCUUCUGGGACAGCCGGUCCGAGCUGGGGCUGGAGGGCUACUACGACCAGGUCGGCCGCGCACUCGAUGUCAACGUGCGCAUCCGUGCUCUAAACCAGAAGAUGGACUACGCACAGGAGAUUGCUACCGUCUUACGCGAAAUGUCCAGCGAGCAACAUGGCACUCGGCUGGAAUGGAUAAUCAUUGUCCUCAUUUUCGUCGAGGUCAUCUUUGAGCUUAGGAGGAUUGUCAUUGAGUACAGCGAGAAGGCGCAGGCUGCCAGAGAGCCAGAUACCGAGAUAUAACUGCUUUUCUGGUGCCUUCAUUUGUAUUUUUUUUAUCUUUUCCAUUACACGCGUAGAUCACUCGUAGAUCAUUCUCCUCCACUCCCCCCCUUUUAACCUCCUUUAGCUUGCUUCCUUUGUACCACUACUCUAUGUACUAUUUGUAUGCGAAACGAGCGCAUCAUAUUAUACGAUAUUUGAAAUGACGAUCCGAAAGGGGGAGGCGAGGCGCCUUUAAAAAGGGAAAUAGACGGAACGAUAUGAUACGAUACCCCUCAGCUCUGUAUAAAUAAUUUCAUUUAUACUGCACAAUUACUUGCAUCUCCACCAUGUAACAAUUAUGAUAGAAAAAAAAUAAAAUGACUUACAGGAAGAAAUUCCUUUUUUUUCUAACUUGUAUAAU